AUGCUGCUCCGUAAAUUUAUCCUCGUCAACCUUCUCUUUGUCGCUGCUGGCGCUCUCCACACGGUGAUUCGGGUUCCUGUCCGCCGCAAGGCCAACUACGACGCCGAUGGUACCAAGUCUCUCAUCUGGCUCUACAACAAGUACAAAAUCACGCCAACCCGCCCCGGUCCAUUCCAUCGUGACAGUAGUGGAGUGCUCAAGAAACGUCAGGCCGCUGGUGCCUCCGCGGAAGUCAAUGCAGAUGAUCAGCUGACCGACACAUUCUACACCUGCCCGAUCUUGAUUGGUACUCCUGCUCAGCAACUUGAAGUGACCUUCGACUCUGGCUCUGCCGACACUUGGGUUUGGUCCUCUCAGCUCUCGCCUCAGACCGUCGACCUUGCCAGUUCUCGCGGUUCGGCAUACUAUGAUCUUGCCAAGUCGACUUCCUACACGAACCUGACUGGCAGUACAUGGUCUGCACGCUACGGCGAUGGCUCAUCAGCGUCAGGCACAGUCGUCGCAGACGUCCUCAAGGUCGGCGACAUCACCAUUGAAAACCAGGCGAUUGAAGUAGCCAACACCCUGUCAUACUCCUUCAUCAUACAAACUGCCAAUGAGGGCAUCUUAGGGCUGGCAUUCAGCAGACUCAAUAAGGUCCAACCUGUUCCUCAGAGAACGCCCCUUGACAACAUGGUUGCACAAAAGGGUAUUCCCGGGAACCAAGCGCUGUUCACGUGCUAUCUAGGCUCCUACAAGGACGUCGGUGAUCCAGACCAGGGUAUGUCAUUCUUCACGUUCGGCCAGAUCGACCAAGACGUGGUGAAAGCCACGGGUAAGCAAAUCAGCUAUACUCCUGUCAACAACACCAAGGGGUUCUGGCAGAUUGACUCCGAGUUCAUCACGGUCAAUGGGAACAAGACUGUGUUGGCGGACAAUACCGCGAUUGUGGACACCGGGACCACCCUGGUAGUCCUUGAAGACAAGCUGGUCGCGGAGAUCUAUUCUACCAUUCCAGGGGCCAGAUACGACGCACAGGAAGGAGGCUGGGUUUUCCCGGCCAGCACGCCCGCCGACAAGAUGCCCACAGUUGUUUUGGCUGUUGGUCAAACAGAGAUCAUAAUUGAAAAGGAACACCUGGGUUUCACACCUGUUAAGAAGACAGGAAUGAUCUACGGCGGCAUUCAAGGUCGUGGCAAUUCGAAAUACAAUAUCUUCGGCGAUACCUUCUUGAAAUGUGUCUAUGCGGUGUUCGAUGCAGGCAACAUGCGGUUUGGCGUCGUUCAACGUAUUGAUAAAACCCAGAACAUUGCGGGUUAG